GAGUCCGCCUCUGGCCGGCCUGGGCGGAGCGCAUGGCGGGUGGGAGGUGCCGAGCCUCCUGAAUUAGUCCGGUCCCGGAGGAGCAGGAGCUAGAACCGCGCGGGGCCUGAGCAGUCCGCGCACCCCGUCCCGCGCCGCGUCCCCGCAGCAUGUCGCGCCCCCGCCUGCUGACCGCGCUGUGCUGCGCGCUGCUCUGCGCCCCCAGCCUGCUCGUCGCCCUGGAUAUCUGUUCCAAAAACCCCUGCCACAACAAUGGCUUAUGCAAGGAGAUUGCCCAGGAAGUUCGAGGGGACGUCUUCCCCGCCUAUACCUGCGAAUGUCUCGAGGGAUACGUGGGCAGCCACUGUGAGCUGAAGUGCGCCGAGCCGCUGGGCAUGGAGAAUGGGAACAUUGCCAACUCACAGAUCACCGCCUCAUCUGUGCGCGUGACCUUCUUGGGCGUGCAGCACUGGGUCCCGGAGCUGGCCCGUCUGAACCGGGCAGGCAUGGUUAAUGCCUGGACCCCCAGCAGUAACGAUGAUAAGCCCUGGAUCCAGGUGAAUCUGCUGCGGAGGAUGUGGGUGGCAGGUGUGGUGACGCAGGGGGCCAGCCGCUUGGCUAAUCAUGAGUACCUGAAGACCUUCAAGGUGGCCUACAGCCUUAAUGGACACGACUUCGAUUUCAUCCAUGAUGUUAAUCAAAAACACAAGGAGUUUACGGGUAACUGGAAUAAAAACACGGCGCACAUCAACCUGUUUGAGACCCCUGUGGAGGCUCAGUACGUGAGGUUGUACCCCACAAGCUGCUACACGGCCUGUACUCUGCGCUUUGAGCUACUGGGCUGUGAGUUGAACGGAUGCCACCAUCCCCUGGGCCUGAGGAAUAACAGCAUCCCUGACGAGCAGAUCACGGCCUCCAGCAGCUACCGGAACUGGGGCUUGCACUUCUUCAGCUGGGACCCCUCCUAUGCGCGGCUGGACAAGCAGGGCCACUUCAACGCCUGGGUGGCCGGGAGCUACGGCGGCGAUCAGUGGCUGCAGGUGGACCUGGGCUCCCCAAAGCAGGUGACGGGCAUCAUCACCCAGGGGGUCCGUAACUUUGGCUCCGUCCAGUUUGUGGCAUCCUACAAGGUGGCCUACAGUAAUGACAGCAUGGAUUGGACUGAAUACCAGGACCGCAGGACUGGCAGCAGCAAGAUCUUCCCUGGCAACUGGGACAACCACUCCCACAAGAAGAACCUGUUCGAGACGCCCAUCCUGGCGCGCUACGUGCGCGUCCUGCCAGUGGCCUGGCAUAACCGCGUCGCCCUCCGCCUGGAGCUGCUGGGCUGUUAGUGGCCACCUGCCCCCCAGGUCUUCCUGCUUUCUGCCGGCCUGCCGCCUCCUGCCUCGUCAGCCCCUUUAAAUCAUCUUGGGGCUGGGGACUGGGGAGGGGAUGGUAUUCAAAGUUAGCGUGGUCACCUCUCCCUCCCUCCCUCUCUCCCUCCCUCCCUCUUCCUCACCCUCCACCUCUCAUGGGUCCUGGCCCCAGCCCCUAACCCCCAGCCCCUAACCCCCAGCCCCUAAUCCUCAGUCCCUAACCCCCAGCCCCUAAUCCUCAGUCCCUAACCCCCAGCCCCUAACCCCCAGCCCUCACCAGCUUGUUUUCUUAGGCACUGAGGGAGCUGAGUAGAUCUGGGACUGACAGAGAAGGGCAAAGUAGGGCGUGUGGUUUCCCUGCCCCCGUCCAGACCCCUGAUCCCAGUCUCAUGUGUCUCUGCUCUCCUAGCCCCUCUCCCACAUAUCACGUUCCCAUGGUGACCUCAAGAAAGGCCCGCAAGUGCCAGGCUGGAGAUAAUAGCCUCUUGCCCAUCAGCCCUGGGGUACCAUGUGGCCACAACUGCUGUUGCCCUCUGCCCCAUGACACUUCCCCUUGUCUCCCUGGAGACCUCUCUUGUCGCUUGUCCUGAAGCCCAGUGAGACAGAAGCGGGCGGGGCAGGUCUACGGGUAGAUAAGGGAGCGAGGUCAGAGGAGGGUGCGGGUUAGCAGGGUGGGCAUUCGGGGCCCUCUGUGCUGGCUCUCCACCCCAGAGGACACAGGCAGCUUCCAAAAUAUAUUAAUCUUUUUCACGGGAA